UUGAAGAAGUCGUGUUCCUUCUGUACGACGUGGUAACUUAUCACAAAUCGAAGUCUCAAAAAGAUGAAACAACAUUUUUCUCUACAUGGUGAUAAAUGGAUCCCCACCAAACAAAUUGAUAGUAUGUGGGAAUUUGUCAAAGCUGUAGACUGGACUGAACAUUGGUUGAUAGGUCUGAUUGUUUUCCACACGGCAACAUUCCUAUGUGUUAUUUGCACAAGAAAAUACACUAACUUUCAAAUCGUCUUAUUCUUGUUGCUAUUGGGACUGGCAUUUGCUUCAGAACAAAUCAAUACCUUAGGAGCACAACACUGGAGGACCUUUGCAAAGGAGCAGUAUUUUGAUUCAGCUGGUUUGUUCAUAACAGUUGUGUAUUCAGGUCCAAUACUUCUAAACUGCUUUGUUUUGACAGUCUCCUGGCUGUGGACAGCGUGGAAAAUGAUGAUAGUGGUAAAGAGAGGACAACUUAAAGAACUGAAGAAGAAGGAAAGAGAAGAAAAAAAAUCACAAUAAGAUCAGGAGUAUAGAAUGCUAAUAUUAAGUGUUUAUAUUUAUUGAGAAAAAAAGGAUUCUCUCUUGCUACUCAGUGAUGUUAUGGUUCCCAGUUGGAUCCAUUGAGGUUUGUUCGAGCAAAGAUCGCUUAGGAAUUAGGCCGGAGUGGAAUCACCUCAAUGUCCAAUUCUUGAACCAAGUUUCCUCGAUCCGUCGUAAUCGAUUGUUUUUCUCCAUGGUUUUGCCUAAUCUGUUUUUCUCUCGUUAGGGAGCGAGAUCUUUGGCUUGCGUGACAAGAAAGGAAUUGACCCAGCGAUCUGUAGUCCAUUUCAUGAUCAGGCGUUCGCUCUCCACCCACCCCUCCCACCCUGUUAGAACAGUAGGAUGAAAUUAGACUUCCACCAGUCUUAUUGUCACUUUCAGAUUGUAGCUGCAUGUAAUCUACUGACUUGGUCGGGAAAUUUACUGACCUUCGUUUUAUUCUUUAAAAAUGAUUUGGACACUUUGU